AUGGCCGGGGCCUCGGUGAAGGUGGCGGUACGCGUCCGCCCCUUCAAUUCCCGGGAGAUGAGCCGAGACUCCAAGUGCAUCAUCCAGAUGUCCGGAAGCACCACCACUAUCGUUAACCCCAAACAGCCCAAGGAGACCCCCAAAAGCUUCAGCUUCGACUACUCCUACUGGUCACACACCUCGCCCGAGGACAUCAACUAUGCCUCCCAGAAGCAGGUAUAUCGGGACAUUGGGGAGGAGAUGCUGCAGCACGCCUUCGAGGGCUACAAUGUGUGCAUCUUCGCCUACGGGCAGACCGGGGCCGGCAAGUCCUACACCAUGAUGGGCAAGCAGGAGAAGGACCAGCAGGGCAUCAUCCCACAGCUCUGUGAGGACCUGUUCUCCCGAAUCAACGACACGACCAAUGACAACAUGUCCUACUCCGUGGAGGUCAGCUACAUGGAGAUUUACUGUGAGCGCGUCCGCGACCUCCUGAAUCCCAAGAACAAGGGCAACCUGCGCGUGAGGGAGCACCCACUGCUGGGGCCGUACGUGGAGGACCUCUCCAAGCUGGCCGUCACCUCUUACAAUGACAUCCAGGAUCUCAUGGACUCAGGGAACAAGGCCAGGACCGUGGCAGCCACAAACAUGAACGAAACCAGCAGCCGCUCCCACGCGGUCUUCAACAUCAUUUUCACCCAGAAGCGCCACGAUGCAGAGACCAACAUCACCACGGAGAAAGUGAGCAAGAUCAGCCUGGUGGACCUGGCCGGGAGUGAGCGGGCCGACUCCACAGGAGCCAAGGGCACGCGUCUCAAGGAGGGAGCCAACAUCAAUAAGUCCUUGACCACGCUGGGGAAGGUGAUCUCUGCUCUGGCUGAAAUGGACUCUGGGCCCAAUAAGAACAAGAAAAAGAAGAAGACAGAUUUCAUUCCAUACAGAGAUUCUGUGCUGACCUGGCUCCUCCGAGAAAACCUGGGCGGGAACUCAAGGACGGCGAUGGUCGCGGCCCUGAGCCCCGCAGACAUCAACUACGACGAGACCCUGAGCACGCUGAGGUAUGCCGACCGGGCCAAACAGAUCCGCUGUAACGCCGUCAUCAAUGAGGACCCGAACAACAAGCUGAUCCGUGAGCUGAAGGACGAGGUGACGCGGCUGCGGGACCUGCUGUAUGCCCAGGGUCUCGGGGACAUCACCGACAUGACCAAUGCCCUGGUGGGCAUGAGCCCCUCGUCCUCGCUCUCGGCCCUGUCCAGCCGUGCCGCCUCCGUGUCCAGCCUGCACGAGCGCAUCUUGUUUGCCCCGGGCAGUGAGGAGGCCAUCGAGAGGCUGAAGGAGACGGAGAAGAUCAUCGCCGAGCUCAAUGAGACAUGGGAGGAGAAGCUGCGACGCACGGAAGCCAUCCGGAUGGAGAGGGAAGCCCUGCUGGCCGAGAUGGGCGUGGCCAUGAGGGAGGACGGCGGCACCCUGGGGGUGUUCUCUCCCAAAAAGACACCACAUCUGGUCAACCUGAAUGAGGACCCACUGAUGUCUGAGUGCCUCUUGUACUACAUCAAGGACGGGAUAACCAGAGUGGGCCGUGAGGAUGCAGAGAGACGGCAGGACAUUGUCCUGAGUGGGCAUUUCAUCAAGGAGGAGCACUGCAUCUUCCGGAGCGACUCCCGAGGGGGCAGUGAAGCCGUGGUGACCCUGGAGCCCUGUGAGGGUGCAGACACUUAUGUCAAUGGCAAGAAAGUCACAGAGCCCAGUAUCCUGCGGUCAGGAAACCGCAUCAUCAUGGGAAAGAGCCACGUGUUCCGGUUCAACCACCCUGAGCAGGCGAGGCAGGAGCGGGAGCGCACGCCCUGUGCGGAGACGCCCGCCGGGCCCGUGGACUGGGCCUUCGCGCAGCGAGAGCUGCUGGAGAAGCAGGGCAUUGACAUGAAGCAGGAGAUGGAGCAGAGACUCCAGGAGCUGGAGGACCAGUACCGCCGGGAGCGGGAGGAGGCCACGUACCUGCUAGAGCAGCAGAGGCUGGACUACGAGAGCAAGCUGGAGGCCCUGCAGAGGCAGAUGGACUCCAGGUACUACCCCGAGGUGAACGAGGAGGAGGAGGAGCCCGAGGAUGAAGUCCAGUGGACUGAGAGAGAAUGUGAGCUGGCGCUUUGGGCUUUCCGCAAGUGGAAGUGGUACCAGUUCACGUCACUGCGGGACCUGCUGUGGGGCAACGCCAUCUUCCUCAAGGAGGCCAAUGCCAUCAGUGUUGAGCUCAAGAAGAAGGUCCAGUUCCAAUUCGUCCUCCUCACGGACACUCUCUACUCCCCGCUGCCACCGGAUCUGCUGCCUCCGGAGGCCGCCAAAGACCGGGAGACUCGCCCCUUCCCCCGCACCAUUGUGGCCGUGGAGGUCCAGGACCAGAAGAAUGGGGCCACCCACUACUGGACGCUGGAGAAGCUCAGGCAGCGCCUGGACCUGAUGCGGGAGAUGUACGACCGGGCGGCGGAGGUGCCCUCCAGUGUCAUUGAGGACUGUGACAACGUGGUGACUGGCGGAGACCCCUUCUACGACCGCUUUCCCUGGUUCCGGCUGGUGGGCAGGGCCUUCGUGUACCUGAGCAACUUGCUGUACCCCGUGCCCCUGGUGCACCGUGUGGCUGUCGUCAGUGAGAAGGGAGAGGUGAAGGGUUUCCUUCGCGUGGCCGUCCAGGCCACCUCAGCUGACGAGGAGGCCCCUGACUAUGGCUCUGGCGUCCGGCAGUCAGGGACUGCCAGAAUCUCCUUUGAUGACCAGCACUUUGAAAAGUUCCAGUCUGAAUCCUGCCCAGUGGUGGGGAUGUCCCGCUCAGGGACCUCCCAGGAAGAGCUGCGCAUCGUGGAAGGUCAGGGCCAGGGUGCAGACGCUGGGCCCUCAGCCGACGAGGUCAACAAUAACACCUGCUCAGCCGUGUCUCCGGAAGGCCUCCUCCUGGACAGCCCUGAGAAGGCCCCCCUGGACGGGCCGCUGGACGCCGCCCUGGACCAUCUGCGCCUGGGCAACACCUUUACCUUCCGUGUGACCGUCCUGCAGGCGUCCAGCAUCUCUGCUGAAUAUGCCGACAUCUUCUGCCAGUUCAACUUCAUCCAUCGCCACGAUGAGGCCUUCUCCACGGAGCCCCUCAAGAACACAGGGAGGGGCCCCCCACUCGGCUUCUACCAUGUCCAAAAUAUCGCGGUGGAGGUGACCAAGUCCUUCAUCGAGUAUAUCAAGAGCCAGCCCAUCGUGUUCGAGGUCUUUGGUCACUACCAGCAGCACCCGUUCCCACCCCUCUGCAAGGACGUGCUCAGCCCCCUGAGGCCCUCGCGCCGCCACUUCCCAAGGGUCAUGCCGCUGUCCAAGCCAGUGCCUGCGACCAAGCUCAGCACUCUGGCGCGGCCCUGCCCUGGGCCCUGUCACUGCAAGUACGACCUCCUGGUCUACUUCGAGAUCUGCGAGCUGGAGGCCAAUGGCGAUUACAUUCCUGCAGUCGUGGACCACCGUGGCGGGAUGCCAUGCAUGGGGACCUUCCUGCUUCACCAGGGCAUCCAGAGACGGAUUACUGUGACCCUGCUGCAUGAGACAGGCAGCCACAUCCGCUGGAAGGAAGUUCGAGAGCUGGUCGUGGGUCGAAUCCGAAACACACCAGAAACUGAUGAAUCCCUGAUCGACCCCAACAUCUUGUCUCUCAACAUCCUGUCCUCUGAUUACAUCCACCCGGCCCAGGAUGACCGGACCUUCUACCAGUUCGAGGCUGCGUGGGACAGCUCCAUGCACAACUCUCUCCUGCUCAACCGGGUCACCCCGUACCGAGAGAAGAUCUACAUGACUGUCUCAGCUUACAUCGAGAUGGAGAAUUGCACCCAGCCAGCGGUCAUCACCAAGGACUUCUGCAUGGUCUUCUACUCUCGGGACGCCAAGCUGCCUGCUUCGCGCUCCAUCCGCAACCUGUUUGGCAGUGGGAGCCUGCGGGCCUCGGAGAGCAACCGCGUGACGGGCGUCUAUGAGCUCAGCCUGUGCCACGUGGCCGAUGCAGGCAGCCCAGGGAUGCAGCGGCGGCGAAGGCGAGUGCUGGAUACAUCUGUGGCCUACGUCCGGGGCGAGGAGAACCUGGCGGGCUGGCGGCCCCGGAGCGACAGCCUCAUCCUGGACCACCAAUGGGAGCUGGAGAAGCUGAGCCUGCUGCAGGAGGUGGAGAAGACCAGGCAUUACCUGCUGCUGCGGGAGAAGCUGGAGACCACCCAGCGGCCCGGCCCCGAGGCACCAUCCCCUGCCUCCAGUGAGGACUCUGGGUCCCACGGCUCAUCCAGCGCCUCCUCCCCACUCUCUGCUGAGGGCCGGCCGUCCCCUGUGGAGGCUCCCAACGAGAGGCAGCGGGAGCUGGCCGUCAAGUGUUUACGCCUCCUCACGCACACGUUCAACAGAGAGUACACCCACAGCCACGUCUGCGUCAGCGCCAGUGAGAGCAAGCUCUCCGAGAUGUCUGUCACCCUGCUCCGGGACCCGUCCAUGUCACCUCUGGGCACGGCCACGCUCACGCCCUCCUCCACCUGCCCCUCUCUGGUUGAAGGGCGGUAUGGAGCCGCAGAGCUGAGGACCCCUCAGCCCUGCUCCCGGCCGGCCAGCCCAGAACCUGAGCCUGUGCCAGAGGCAGAUUCGAAGAAGCUUCCCUCCCCGGCUCGGGCAACAGAGGUAGACAAGGAGCCCCAGCGCCUGCUGGUUCCUGACAUCCAAGAGAUCCGGGUCAGCCCCAUCGUGUCGAAGAAGGGCUACCUGCACUUCCUGGAGCCGCACACGGCAGGUUGGGCCAAGCGCUUUGUGGUCGUACGACGUCCCUAUGCCUACCUAUACAACAGCGACAAGGACUCUGUGGAGAGGUUUGUGCUCAACCUGUCCACAGCCCAGGUGGAGUACAGCGAGGACCAGCAGGCCAUGCUCAAGACGCCCAACACGUUUGCCGUGUGCACGGAGCACCGCGGCAUCCUGCUGCAGGCCAACAGUGACAAGGACAUGCACGACUGGCUGUAUGCCUUCAACCCUCUCCUGGCCGGCACCAUACGGUCCAAGCUCUCCAGAAGGCGGUCUGCCCAGAUGAGGGUGUGAGCCGGAGCCCUCCCGGACAGCCACAGGCCGGCCCCCCCAGCCCUCAUCACCACCCGUCAUGUCACCGCGCCCAGCCUGCCCCUACCAGCCAGCCAGCGAGUUCCCUCUUGGGGACCGCGUCGGGCCCCGUGAGCGCCACCUCUGGCCCUGGGACCUGCACCAUACGACCUGUCCUGCUCCCAGCAGAGGCCGUGUUUGUUCUUUGGUCUUUCCAAGCGUGCCCUGGGUGGGAAGAGCUGGGAGGUGCUGGAAAGGCAGAGGGCACAAGCCACAGGGGCAUCGCUGCCGUUCUAAUAUUUUUUUAAGCA